AUGCUACCCAUCAUAUCCAUCUGGAUUUCAAUCCUCAUCACAAUUCAGGGUGUAUUCGCCGUCGCUUUCGGAAAUCCGGACCUUGACCCAAUUGCCCGUUCAAAUACACAUACGAGUAUAAAACUCUCGCGCGACGAGAACUACUUUACGAGUCCUGGAAGCGCGAACCCGGACUCCGACUCGGAUUCAGCAACGUUAUACGAAGUCGGCGACGUUGUUGAGGUCUCAUGGAUUACGACGCUCGAUGUAUUCAAUGUUACUCUCUGGCAGCGCGAUCUCUCUCGAGGGGGUAAUGGUACCUCGGGGGUCAGGAGUGGGGGAAAUAUUUUCUCAAAAACAUCAUCUACUUCAACGCUAUCGAAUAUUUCCUGGAUCGUGCAGACCUACGCGCUUGACCUCGAGAAGCCAUCUACAUUUUUUCUCUCAAUAGAUGCAUACACAGACGCCGUCGCCAGCUCGAAUUCUAAUUCUAACUCCAAGUUAGAUUAUGAAGAUUGGCCCAGUACAGGCUUUGUUUCGGGGAUGUUCAAUAUCUCCUCUUCUUCCACUACCGCCUCUACACAACCCAACACAGAAACAAAUACAGGAACAAGCGAAGAAACUUCCACAGACCAACGCUCUGAAACAACAAACACCCCAGAAACAAGUUUAACAUCAACCGGCAAAAUCGCCCUGGGCCUCGGCGCCGGAAUCGGCGCCCCGUUAAUCUCCCUCCUUGCAAUACUAGCAUACUUCCAAGUUCGCAGCGCAAGGAGGAAAUACGCUUCAUCUCAGCACGCCCAGCAGCAGCAUCACCAACAUCAUCCGUCUAUCCCUCCUCCUCCGGAAAUGUCGCUGUCGAUGCCGGGCUUAGCGCACCAUGCGCAUCCUCAUCAGGGCAUGGGGUUGGGACUUUAUCCGCCUCCAUUCUCCGUGUCUCCAAACUCGAACCCGGGGCAGGGCCUAGCCGAGCAAAUCCCGUCUCGGAACCCCGUCCCCUCGGAGCUCUCGCAAAAGGUCGCGAAGCCUGUUGUCCUCCCGCCGUGGGAGGUUGAUGCUGCGCCGGAGUCCACCUCUCCUACUUCAGCUCCUGAUCCUAAUUCAGGAAUGGGAAUUGGAAAUACGAAUGGAGUAACGCGAGCAAACACAACAAUAACCGUAAUUCCUAGACCCAACGCCCGCCCACGCCCCGCCGCACGGGGGCUAGGUAUCGAACGGGAACGAGGGAGACGGGGGCCGGGACUCGGCGAGGGGACGGGGCCUGGGAAACGGAGCAUGUGGUCGACGAGGAGGGUUGGACAGCCGGAUAAUACUACUAGUACUGGUGGCAGGCAGAGCACGAUUACGAUUGGGCUUCCGGAGUUGCCGGGGGAGAAUUAUAUAUGA